AAAAACAACAUUGGAGAUUGUUAAUUAAAGUAUAAAUAUUUAAUUAAUUAACAAAUAGUUUUAAUAUAAAUAAAAUAUAAUGUUAUCGUCAAUAGUGAAAGAGCAUCAAAGUAAGCAAGCAGCAAGAAAAGAAAGACAGGAACAAAAACGAAAAGAAGCUGUCCAAGCUGCAAACAAUUUAACUCAGGCAUUGGUCGAUCAUUUAAAUGUUGGAGUUGCACAAGCAUAUUUAAAUCAGAAAAAACUAGAUGCAGAGGCAAAGCAGCUACAAACUAGCGCUACAAAUUUUGCUAAACAAACUCAAUCAUGGUUGAAUCUUGUGGAAUCUUUUUCCAGUGCUUUGAAAGAAAUUGGAGACGUUGAAAAUUGGGCUCGCAGUAUUGAAGGCGAUAUGCGAACAAUUGCAACUGCAUUAGAAUAUUCAUAUAAAGCUACUCAAGAAACUCCUGCGAGCAAUGUCUAAAAUACAAGAGGAAAUUGUUUUCGUCAUAUCUAAAGGCAUUUUAAUUAAUUAAGUUAUUCUGUGAUAAUUUAUUUCGAUAUUGAAAAUUAAGAAGAAAAAUAUAUGUAAACUUUCUAUAAAUUAUAUUUAAUGUAAAAUUUA